AAAAAAUUCCAUAGACCAAUCGAAAAGGAAGUUACAAAAAACCAAAAAUGGAGUGGAGGAAAGUGUACAACCAUCAUCCGUAAGAGACCUGAGGAGUGCAGAAAGCGUCAUCUCUCUUCUCUUGAACGCGAAGCCUCAGUGCUCGACCCCUCUCUGAGUGGCCAGAGCGUUCAAGUUCCAACAGUUACCAAUGGUGGCUCUGACACUGCGGCUCCCCUCUCUCUCCUCUUUUUUCGUCUCCGCGUCCGUCGCCGGCAGAUCGCCGGACCUUUUCCGCCGCCGCCAUCGGCUCGGCUCUCUCCGCCAGUUAAGCGGCGUCUGCGCCCAGAGCACGGUGGAGAAAGAGGUGCUGCCGGAGGUCGAGCAGAAGCCGCGAGGAGAGGAGAAAGUCAUCACGCCUCGGUCUCAAGACUUCAACGCCUGGUUUCUCGAUGUCAUUGCUAACGCCGAGCUUGCCGAUUAUGGCCCGGUUCGUGGUACCAUGGUCAUUCGUCCAUACGGUUACGCUAUUUGGGAGGCUAUCCAGGAUUAUUUGAAUAUUAGGUUCAAGGAGACUGGUCACAGUAACAUGUAUUUCCCACAGUUUAUACCAUACUCAUUCAUUGAGAAAGAAGCUAGCCAUGUUGAGGGUUUCAGUCCUGAAUUGGCCCUUGUGACUAUUGGAGGAGGCAAGGAACUUGAAGAAAAACUCGUGGUUCGACCUACGAGUGAAACUAUAGUGAAUCACAUGUUUACUCAGUGGAUUCAUAGUUACCGCGAUCUUCCUCUUAUGGUCAAUCAGUGGGCAAAUGUCACAAGAUGGGAGAUGCGGACAAAACCAUUUGUGAGGACUCUUGAAUUUCUUUGGCAGGAAGGUCAUACUGCUCAUGCAACUCCAGAAGAGGCGGAAAAAGAGGCAUUACAGAUGAUUGAUGUCUAUACAAAAUUUGCUUAUGAGCAAGCUGCAAUACCUGUUAUUGCAGGUCGUAAAUCAAGAGUUGAAACAUUUGCUGGUGCAUCUAAGACAUAUACCAUUGAAGCUAUGAUGGGUGACCGGAAGGCUCUUCAGGCUGGAACCAGCCACAACCUUGGGCAGAAUUUCUCCCGUGCUUUUGGAACACAGUUCACUGAUGAAAAUGGACAAAGGCAAAAUGUAUGGCAAACAUCAUGGGCUAUCAGUACGCGCUUUGUUGGUGGUAUUAUUAUGACCCAUGGAGAUGAUGCUGGUUUAAUGCUCCCCCCAAGGAUUGCACCGACACAGGUGAUAGUCAUACCAAUUUGGAAAAAGGUUGACGAAAAAACAAGAGUUCUCAAUGCUGCGUCAUCUGUUAAAGAAGUUUUGAAGACCGCUGGGAUUAAAGUUGGAAUUGAUGACUCAGAUCAGAGAACCCCGGGAUGGAAAUUCAAUUUUUGGGAGAUGAAGGGAGUCCCUCUAAGGAUUGAAGUUGGCCCUCGUGAUGUUGCAAGUGGAAGCGUGGUCAUCUCGCGGAGAGAUGUUCCUGGAAAGCAAGGAAAAGUUUUUGGAAUAUCUAUGGAACCUUCGAUUUUGAUAGCUUACGUCAAAGACAAGUUGGAUGAGAUCCAGUCGUCGCUUCUUGGAAGGGCAACCUCAUUUCGUGAUAGUAACAUCGUGGAUGUGAGCUCAUAUGAUGAGCUCAAAGCAGCAAUCUCCAAGGGCAAAUGGGCAAGGGGCCCUUGGUCAGCUAGUGACAAAGAAGAGCUUGCAGUAAAAGAAGAAACAGGAGCAACAAUUCGAUGUUUCCCCUUUGAACAGCCCCAAGGGACAAAACCAUGCUUGAUGACUGGCAAUCCUGCAGCAGAAGUAGCAAUUUUCGCAAAAUCAUACUAGGUGGAUCAUGUGCCCCUUCAACUUUUUUUAAUUUUUUAAACAUAUUUUUACUUUUUGGUUUUGUAGAAUAUUUUUAGGCCUUAUUGUCUUCAUUAUCAUCUCUGAUAUGAGAAUAUGAUCUGGGUGCAUUCUCUAGUUUAUUCUUCUUUUGUAAAGAUAUUAGCUGAAUGUAGAAACAGUUGAUGUUCAUUGUUCACAGCUCCCUGGAGAAAUGGGGAAAGGGGAAGUAUUGUGAUUUAAGCUACCGAGAGAUGUUUUAAAUUUUUAAUUCGUGAGAGAUAUUGCGAUCCCUUUCCAUGUAUGUUUUUAAAUUGGAGGUUUAUUUUUGAGUUAAA